AUGUUUUUCAAAGGAAUUAUAAUAUUCACCCUUGUAGCAAUUUGUAGUGCAAGACAAGUGUGUGAACCUGUUGCAACAGGUAACCAAUGUGGUGCUGAUGAAGUAUGGACUGACUGUGGACCAGUUGACGAUUGUGAACCGGCAUGUGACUCGCCUGCGGAACAAGCUUGUCCCGCUAUUUGUCUUUCAAAAUGUGAAUGCAAAGAAGGAUUCGUUCGAGCAUCUCAAAAUGGAGACAGAACAUGCAUUUUCAAGGAGUUCUGUCCAUAA